AAGCCGUGAAUGGGCCUGCAGGAGAGCUCUGGGCUUUCCAGGGUGCCCGCUGGCCCCUGGGGCCCCAUGGCAGCUCCACUUCCCUGGAGGAUGGACUGCUCCUCCUCCGUGACCCCUCCAGCUGGCCUGGGGCCCGACUCGGGAGCUGUGGCCUCCGUGCUUUUGUCUCCUGGAGCCCCCGCCAGUCCGUGCGUCCCCCGCCUGGACCCCUGUCUCCCUGUCUGCGGCCCAGGAUUAUCGCAGGACCUGCUGACGGGCGUGCAGAGUGCCCGAGCUGCGUGCAUCAGUGGUGUCUGCAGCUCCCCCAGGACAGGCUCAGCUGAGGGGCACCCCCUAUGCAGCUUCCAAGACCACGCCGACCCUGGGCCGGGGCCACAGGCUGCUGUGCAGAUCAAACGUCUGUCGCUUCCCCACCUUCUUCCUGGCGGUGGGCGGCGGAGGCAAGAAUCAAAUACCCGCCUUCCCAGAUGGAACCUGCCCAGGAGCUGCUGCCUCCCUGCUCCCAUCACGGCCGCCCCCUCGCCCCGCCUUCCUCUCCUGCCCGCCCGGCCCCCUCCUCGGGCCUCCGGCAGCCUCCCUGUGUUCUCAGGAGGCCAUGGUGUCCGCCGGGCCCACCUGGGGCCCUGUCUCACUCUGGCCUCUGUUUACACCCAGUGUUACUACUCUGAUACUCAGAACAAAGAGCACUUCAUCCGGAAUGGAGCAUUUUCAAUUGGCCAGCUCAGCUGCUCUGCCAUCCGCCCGCCCUCUGCCCUCCGGGGCUCCAUCCUGACUCGGGAGCUCCGUUUAUUCUAACCCGGGGCCUUCAGUGCCUUUACAGCCCAGCUCGUGCUCCUCCGCAGCGUCAGCUGCCCUCACGUAUUCGUAUUUCUCAUUAAACUUUCAAAUACAUUUCGUCAAGCUCAAAAAUAAACUCACUGAAAUUUGGGCAGGACUUGCAUUUUAAGAUUAAAUGGGAGGAAAGUUGGUAUUGUACCCACCUGGAGAUCCCUCACAUUUUGUCGUAUUUGUUUGUCUGUUGCUCUCAUGGUUGUUUCAUGUUAACUGUUAUAUAUCAUCUUCUUUGUCACUGCGGAUGGUUCUCUAUUCCAGCCUUCCUUCUGAUUUAUUGGAGAUGGUGGCUUCUGUGUCCCUGACCACCAUCCUGCCCUCUGUCUCCCUGCAGCUGCUGAGGGCAGGGAGUGCCAGGCGGGGGCUGGGGUGGCCCUGGUCGUGGCUCACGCACCCUCCCCAGGUGUGGGCAGGGGGCCCUGGCUUUGC